AUGACGGCGCGGAUCAGCAUGGCCGACGUCAAGUUCUCCUUCCAGUGCCCAGGGAGGAUGUACGCGCCCGCCUGGGUGGCACCAGAAGCCCUGCAGAAGAAGCCGGAGGAGAUCAACAGGCGCUCGGCCGACAUGUGGAGCUUCGCCGUGCUGCUGUGGGAGCUGGUGACCCGCGAGGUGCCCUUUGCGGACUUGUCCAACAUGGAGAUAGGCAUGAAGGUGGCCCUGGAGGGGCUGCGCCCAACCAUCCCGCCCGGCAUCUCCCCCCACAUCUGCAAGCUGAUGAAGAUCUGCAUGAACGAGGACCCCGCCAAGCGCCCCAAGUUCGACAUGAUCGUGCCCAUCCUGGAGAAGAUGCAGGAG